ACUGGGAGGAAAAGACAGCGCGCGGCAAAAGCAAGGCCAGAAGAAAGCAAACGAGAUAAAAGAAGGAGAAAGGGACUUCAUCGGAUGUGCUGCUUAAAACCUCAAUGCUGUGUGCGCCGUUUUCCUGCCACCCAUCCGCCUCUCGCAGUAUCCUUCCACCACUCCCCCCCCCCCCGCCUUUUUUUUACGCGAUGUUUCAAAGACUGUGAACUGCUCUCCUUUUCCCAUUCGUCUUCUGUCACUUCCUUCUUGGAUGCAGUUUUUUGGACAAGUCUGGUUACUUUUAAUCUGGCCGGCCGCUGAGAGCCACUGCCACUUUCUCCUCCUCCUCCUCCAAGCGGCCUUGGCGCGCGCUAAUGCGCGAUCCCGCGCCCCCCCACGCCCGCGCGCUCCCCCCGUGCGCGCACACUCGCACGCUUCGUCUCCAGCUCUCAGCUCGCUCUCCUCGCAGUCACAGACACUUGAGCACACGCGUACACCCAGACAUCUUCGGGCUGCUAUUGGAUUGACUUUGAAGGUUGUGUGUGGGUCGCCGUGGCUGCAUGUUUGAAUCAGGUGGAGAAGCGCUUCGAGGCUGGAGGAAGUAAAGAUUAUUUUUUGUUAUUUUUUUUCUCUUUCUCUCUCUCUCUUAAGAAAGGAAAAUAUCCCAAGGACUAAUCUGAUCGGGUCUUCCUACAUGACCGAAUGCAGGAAUUUGAGAACUGAGCUGUGCAAGUGCUGAAGAAGGAAAUUUGUUUGGAGGAAACAGGAAAGAGAAAGAAAAGGAAGGAAAAAAUACAUAAUUUCAGGGACGAGAGAGAGAAGAAAAACGGGGACUAUGGGGAGAAAAAAGAUUCAGAUUACGAGGAUUAUGGAUGAACGUAACAGACAGGUGACAUUUACAAAGAGGAAAUUUGGGUUGAUGAAGAAGGCUUACGAGCUGAGCGUUCUGUGUGACUGUGAGAUUGCCCUGAUCAUCUUCAACAGCACCAACAAGCUGUUCCAGUAUGCCAGCACCGACAUGGACAAAGUGCUGCUCAAGUACACGGAGUACAACGAGCCGCAUGAGAGCCGGACAAACUCGGACAUCGUGGAGACGUUGAGAAAGAAGGGCCUUAAUGGCUGUGACAGUCCAGACCCCGAUGCAGACGAUUCAGCAUUGAACAAGAAAGAAAACAAAGGCUGUGAAAGCCCCGAUCCUGACUCCUCUUAUGCACUCACCCCACGCACUGAAGAAAAAUACAAAAAAAUUAAUGAAGAAUUUGAUAAUAUGAUCAAGAGUCAUAAAAUUCCUGCUGUUCCACCUCCCAACUUUGAAAUGCCAGUCUCCAUCCCAGUGUCCAGCCAUAACAGUUUGGUAUACAGCAACCCUGUCAGCUCACUGGGAAACCCCAACCUUUUGCCACUGGCUCACCCUUCUCUGCAGAGGAAUAGUAUGUCUCCUGGUGUAACACAUCGACCUCCAAGUGCAGGUAACACAGGUGGUCUGAUGGGUGGAGACCUCACAUCCGGUGCAGGCACCAGUGCAGGGAACGGGUAUGGCAAUCCCCGAAAUUCACCAGGUCUGCUGGUCUCACCUGGUAACUUGAACAAGAAUAUGCAAGCAAAAUCUCCUCCCCCCAUGAAUUUAGGGAUGAAUAACCGUAAACCAGAUCUCCGGGUUCUUAUUCCACCAGGCAGCAAGAAUACGAUGCCAUCAGUGAAUCAAAGGAUAAAUAACUCCCAGUCUGCUCAGUCAUUGGCUACCCCAGUGGUUUCCGUAGCAACUCCUACUUUACCAGGACAAGGAAUGGGAGGAUAUCCAUCAGCCAUUUCAACAACAUAUGGUACCGAGUACUCUUUGAGUAGCGCAGACCUGUCAUCUCUGUCUGGGUUUAACACCGCCAGCGCGCUUCACCUUGGUUCAGUAACUGGCUGGCAACAGCAGCACCUACAUAACAUGCCACCGUCUGCCCUCAGUCAGUUGGGAGCUUGCACUAGCACUCAUUUAUCUCAGAGUUCAAAUCUCUCCCUGCCUUCUACUCAAAGCCUCAACAUCAAGUCAGAACCUGUUUCUCCUCCUAGAGACCGUACCACCACCCCUUCGAGAUACCCACAACACACGCGCCACGAGGCGGGGAGGUCUCCUGUUGACAGCUUGAGCAGCUGUAGCAGUUCGUACGACGGAAGCGACCGAGAGGAUCACCGGAACGAAUUCCACUCCCCCAUUGGACUCACCAGACCUUCGCCGGACGAAAGGGAAAGUCCCUCAGUCAAGCGCAUGCGACUCUCUGAAGGAUGGGCAACAUGAUCAGAUUAUUACUUAAUAGUUUUUUUUUUUUUCUUGCAGUGUGUGUGUGUGCUAUACCUUAAUGGGGAAGGGGGGUCGAUAUGCAUUAUAUGUGCCGUGUGUGGAAAAAAAAAAAAAGUCAGGUACUCUGUUUUGUAAAAGUACUUUUAAAUUGCCUCAGUGAUACAGUAUAAAGAUAAACAGAAAUGCUGAGAUAAGCUUAGCACUUGAGUUGUACAAACAGAACACUUGUACAAAAUAGAUUUUAAGGCUAACUUCUUUUCACUGUUGUGCUCCUUUGCAAAAUGUAUGUUACAAUAGAUAGUGUCAUGUUGCAGGUUCAACGUUAUUUACAUGUAAAUAGACAAAAGGAAACAUUUGCCAAAAGCGGCAGAUCUUUACUGAAAGAGAGAGCAGCUGUUAUGCAACAUAUAGAAAAAUGUAUAGAUGUUUUGGACAGACCCGGCAAUGGGUGGCCAUUGGUAAAUGUUAGGAACUCACCAGGUCACCUAACAUCCCGAGAAUGCUCACAAACCUGCAGGCGUAUCAUUGGCGUAUGGCACUCAUUAAAAAGGAUCAAAGACCAUUAAAAGAGGACCAUACCUAUUAAAAAAUAUAAUAAUGUGGAGUUUGAGGGCUAACAUAUUUAAUUAAAUAAAUAAAUCUGGGUCUGCAUCUCUUAUUAAAUAAAAAUAUAAAAAUAUGUACAUUACAUUUUGCUUAUUUUCAUAUAAAAGGUAAGACAGAGUUUGCAAAGCAUUUGUGGCUUUUUGUAGUUUACUUAAGCCAAAAUGUGUUUUUUUUCCCCUUGAUAGCUUCGCUACUAUUUUAAACAGUCCUGAAAGAAAACCAAAAAGGACUUUUUGUAUAGAAAGCACUACCCUAAGCCAUGAAGAACUCCAUGCUUUGCUAACCAAGAUAACUGUUUUCUCUUUGUAGAAGUUUUGUUUUUGAAAUGUGUAUUUCUAAUUAUAUAAAAUAUUAAGAAUCUUUUAAAAAAAUCUGUGAAAUUAACAUGCUUGUGUAUAGCUUUCUAAUAUAUAUAAUAUUAUGGUAAUAGCAGAAGUUUUGUUAUCUUAAUAGCGGGAGGGGGGUAUAUUUGUGCAUUGCACAUUUGAGUAACUAUUUUCUUUCUGUUUUCUUUUACUCUGCAUACAUUUUAUAAGUUUAAGAUCAGCCGUCAAAAGGAUAACCUGUGGGGUGAGAACAUAUCACACUGCAACACCCUAAAUUGUUUUUAAUAUAUAAGCAAUCCAUUGGGUCACCUGAUAUCCAUUGUAUAUACUGAUCAGUUUCUUUCAUGCUAUUUUUUUUUUUUUUGCAUUUUUAGUCAAAUGCAAGGCCCCUUUCUGAUCUCACCAUUUCACCAUGCAUCUUGGAAUUCAGUAAGUGCAUAUCACAACUUGCCCAUUUCCUAAAUCAUCUGGUUGGUUUACAGCCUAGAAUUUGAUAUGUUUUUUCGAAACAUGCCCAGAAUAGAGAAGCUGCAUGGGGGCACAUGUCCACAAUAUGGCCCUAGAAACAAGUGAUAUGGAGUUUACUCAGUGAAUGAGUUGUAAAUUCCCACAGAAGAAAAAUGUGAAUGACCGGGUGCUAGACAAGAAGGAAGCAGGUAAAGGGAUAGUUGCUUUGUCAUCCAUUUUUUAAUUAUUUUAACUGACCCUCCACAAUCUUGUCAGCAAUAUAGGACUGUUGAACAAUCCUGAUGUGUCAGGACCCCCAAAUGUCACUUCUGCAUAAAGCAUGUAUGUCAUCUAUUUUUCUUCAAUAAAGAGAUUUAAUAGCCAUUUCAAGAAAUCCCAUUAAAGAACCUCUCUAUGUCCCUUUUUUAACUUUUCAAGAAAAUAUGAUGACUCUUGUCUAAUACUCGUCUAUAGGGAUUAAAUUUCAGACCCUUUAAAAAGUGAGUGCCAUAAAAAAAGAUAUAUAUUGUUAGAUAUUUCAGUCUAGGAAUAACUUUCCUUCUCUUGGAAUGUGAAGAUCUGUCAAUUCAUCUCCAAUCAUAUGCAUUGACAUGCACAGCAAAAAAGAUAUACACAGUAUUAUCAACACUGCUAGAUGAUGUGUAGGACAUUUCUUACCCAUUCUUUUUUUUUCCUUUUACUUGCAUAGUUGCUAUGUGUUUCUCAUUGUAAAAGGCUGCCGCUGGGUGGCAGAAGCCAAGAGAUCUUAUUAACUAGGCUAUAUUUUUCUUAACUUGAUCUGAAAUCCACAAUUAGACCACAAUGCACCUUUGGUUGUAUCCAUAUAGGAUGCUAGCCUGCCUUGUACUAACGUUUUAUAUACUAAAAAAUAUAAAAUCUAUCAACCAUUUCGUAUAUCCCACUACUCAAGGUAUAUCCAUGGAACAUGAAAGAAUAACAUUUGUGCAGAGGAAAAACAGAAGAUCAUCCCUGGAAUACACAAACACACAAACACUCACACACACAGGGAAAAAAAAAAAACUAAGAAAAUCAUUUUCCUCACCAUAAAUUUAAUCCCAUCCUUGUAACCCAUCUUUAUAACUCGGUGUGUAUAAAAUAUGCAAACAUGUCACAAAUGUUCUUUGUCAUUUCAAAACAUUUUAGUGUAUCAAUAUCAGUAGAAACUUACCAGUGGGUGGGAAAGGGUCAUUAUAUGAAAAUAUGAAGAAAUAGCCAUAUUAAUUUUUUUACCUGCAAUUUGCCUCAGCAACAAAGAAAAAGCAAAUUUCUAAUGCUGAAGAUAAAGUAAGCUAAAAUACCAGCAGAAGCUUGGCUAUUUAUAGCAGUUCUGACAAUAGUUUUAAGAACAUGGAAAGAAUAGAAUCACUUGAAAAUGGAUGCCAGUCAUCUCUUGUUCUCACUACUGAAUUCCUAUAAAGUGGUGGCAAGAUAGCGAAGGGAUAGUCUGAGAACUUUUUAUGAUGAUUUAAUGAGAAGAAGCACAAUUUUGAUUGUGAUGAGUCACUUUCUGUAAACAAUUGCUGUCGCUCUUAACGCUUAUUCCUUGUCUGUAAUUUACUAUUUGUUGUAUUUACAAAGCUAGUCUGGGUUUUGGUUUUUAUGGCAGUAAAUCCUUUGAAUUCAGGAGUUCAGGGUAUAGCCCUCGGGGAGAAUUGUUCUACUUAACCCAUCGUAAAGUAACAUUUAGGCAACAUUCUUCAGUGCAAGUAAAAGAACCCUGAGUGGAAUUUGUGCAGCUCUGAAUAUUGUUCUAUCAAAUCCUAUUAUUAAAGAUUGGCUUAUUUUUAACCCAAAGGUGGAAUUUAACAUUUUGUAAUGAUGAAUAUGAAAAACCUGUCAUCCUCAGAUCAUUUUAAGGUUAACUAAAGUGAGAAUUUUUUUUUUUAAUUUCCAAUAUACUUUUUAAAAGAAUAUCUGCCCUCAAGCAUUUUGUUUGUUUGCUUUUCUUACAUACCCAUCUUUUGACUUCGAGAUAGCAUUUUUUUUGCCCCCUCUAUCCUUUUGUUUAUUUUUGCCAGAGAGUAAAUGCUCUGUAUUUCUUUCUUUAAAACAAACUUUUUUUAAAAGAAGAAAAAGUCACUUGAACCCUCGAUAAAGGCUGUUGCCUAAGCAUGGCUUACUUCAUCUGUUCCCGUUUGUGCCAUCUGCUGUGAUGUCGUCACUUAUAUGGCGUUAAUUUUCUGCCACUACAGAUCUUUUGAGAUUGAUGGAAUACUGGUGUCUGUUAGAAUGCUUCAGACUACAGAUGUAAUUAAAGGCUUUUCUUAAUAUGUUUUAACCAAAGAUGUGGAGCAAUCCAAGCCACAUAUCUUCUACAUUAAAUUUGUCCAUUUUAGUUAUUUUCAUAAUCGGUUAUUGCAUUUUGCCUUCCCUGUUCAUACCUCAAAUUGACUCAUACCUCAGUUUAAUUCAGAGAGGUCAACUAAGUGACGAAUUCUGUUGUGGUUUGAAUGCAGUACCAGUGUUCUCUUGGAGCAAAGCAGACCUGGCUCACUGUAGGCGUAGGACUUGGAUUGCUUCAGAUGGUUUGCUGUAUCGUUUUUCUUCUUUUUCUUUUUCUGGGGACUUGUUUCCAUUAAAUGACAGUAAUUAAAAUCGCUUGUAAAUGAGGGCAUACAAGCAUUUGCAACAAAUAUUCAAAUAGAGGCUCACAGCGGCAUAAGCUGGACUUUGUCGCCACUAGAUGACAAGAUGUUAUAACUAAGUUAAACCACAUCUGUGUAUCUCAAGGGACUUAAUUCAGCUGUCUGUAGUGAAUAAAAGUGGGAAAUUUUCAGAAGUUUCUCCUGCUGGAAAUAAGGUAUAAUUUGUAUUUUGCAGACAAUUCAGUAAAGUUACUGGCUUUCUUAGUGA